GUGUGGAUGUGAUGUGAUUGUUUCGCUCUGCCUGUGUAGUGUAGUGUAGAAGCAAAUUGGGCGUUGUUGGCUUUAGUUUAUUAGUGCUAUAACUCAAUGAAAAAUACAAAUCGUAAAAAUGUGUUGUUUGGAAAGAUGUAAUUUACAUUUAUGUGGACACGAGCAGUAGUGCAUUUGUGUUUGAAACAUUACAAUGAAUUAAGUGUUACUUUUACGUAGUAUCCUUUUCCAUUAUACGUUUAAUUGAUUUUAUGCAAGACUACUUAAAACAUAUAAGUAAUGCCGGAGCAAAGUAACGAUUAUCGCGUUGUAGUUUUCGGUGCAGGCGGUGUGGGUAAAAGUUCCCUGGUACUACGUUUUGUAAAAGGCACGUUUAGAGAGUCAUAUAUACCGACUAUCGAGGACACAUAUAGACAAGUGAUAAGCAGUAACAAGACGAUAUGCACGCUGCAAAUAACGGAUACGACGGGGUCGCAUCAGUUUCCUGCGAUGCAGAGGUUAUCUAUCAGCAAGGGCCACGCGUUUAUAUUAGUCUACUCCGUGAGCAGUAGACAGUCUCUCGAGGAGCUAAAGCCAAUAUGGCAGACGAUAAAGGAGAUAAAGGGCGCCGAUCUGCCCAGUAUCCCGGUGAUGCUGGCAGCAAACAAGUGCGACGAAAGCCCAGAAAUCAGAGAAGUAUCUGCGAGCGAGGGGCAGGCUCAGGCACAAAUGUGGGGCGUCUCCUUUAUGGAAACAUCUGCUAAAACGAAUCAUAACGUCACACAGCUUUUCCAGGAAUUACUGAACAUGGAAAAGAAUAGGAACGUCUCCCUUCAAGUAGACGGCAAGGGAAAGAAAAAGAAAGACAAAGUAGUGAAAGACGGCGGCGAAGCUUCAGCGAGCGGAAGGGAAAAAUGCUGCGUCAUGUAGUGUUACAGCGGGUAACCCUUAAAUAUAUUAUAAGUAGGCCCAUUACCUUAUACCUAAUUAUUUAUUCAGUCACAUUAAAUCUAGUCAUUAUUAAUUCAUAUCUCGAUGAUUUCGCACGACAUAGCAUAGUUAUUGUAACGCAUAGGUAACAUAAAUAAAAUUAUAGGUACUAUAAUUAUGCCUUUAAAAUAAUUAUUAAUAAUAAAAUAUUGUGAUGAAACUUGACAGUCAUCAGAAUGCAUGUUUUGCUAAUAAUUAAUAUUUACACUAGUUGACUUGUUUAAUAAUGACUGACGUGAUUCAUUAAUAAAGAGAUGAGUGGAUAUCCUGUAAAGAUAGUGUGAAAAUACAACGAAAUGAAGUCUGUAGGACUUGCUGUUAAUUGAUUUCGUAUCCCGAAUACAGUUAGUCGUUAAUUAUCCGAUGCUAAAAUAUUGUGCAGUGAUACCUACGACUUUUUUGUGAUCUCUUCGUAAUGUUUUUUUGUCCAAUUUUUACUCUCUCCCUCUCUCUCUCUGAAUUCUUGUACCGACUCUGCGGUAUUAUUUAAGAAGAGAAAUUUAUACCAUGUACUUAAAGAAGUGAUCUCAUGUUUUUGGAAUUGUAUCUUGUAUAACGUGUGCUAAAAUGAAUUAUAUCGCUCAUUAGAGAACAUGUUCUGAUUAUUAAAUACUAUUUGGUGAUCUAUUAAGGCCAAUGUAAUUCACUUGUAAAGAAAGAACCGCCUAACUAUAGAAUUUGAGUCUAUUUACAUACCUACUAGACCAAAAAGAGAGUAGUUCCUAAUGAAGUAGAAAAAAGCAUAUUGGAAUAUUUCCUGUGCCAAAUUUUAGCCCAGACAUAGAAAAGAUUAGCAUUUGUACUUGACAUACAUUAACGUCAAAUAAACAAACAUAUGUAUUUUAAUUUAAAAAAUUUUAAGCAAUUUUGUUUUACAUUUUGUUACAAAAUAAGGCAGACGAUAUUGAAAAGACAGCGCUGAAAGAAUAUCCUUCACUCUUGAAUAUUUUUUAUAGAUUGCUAUCUAUAUUUACCAUAAACCACUGCGCUGGUAAAAAUCACUUCUCAAACUUUCUAAAUUAUGUAAACUCAAGUUAUAAUAGUAAAAGUAUUUUCUUGACACUAACGUACCAUGUAUGUAGGUACCGUACCGUAUCCAUUUCAAGUUUUUAUACUUACAUAUUUAAGUAUUUAAGUCACGGAUAAUGUGGUAUAAUAUAUAAGUAGCAUUUGCCUCGAAACGUAGCCGUCGCUAGUUUAUAUGCACCUAAUUUAUCAUUCACCAAAACAUAUCUAAGUAGUCCAGUAUUAAAAUAUUAUCUACUUACUACUCAAGAGGCCGUUGAAUUUAAUAUUCGAAAAUAGAUCUUAGGAGCACAACGCCUUUGCACGUAUUUGUGCCCGAAUCUUCAACGAAUUGUUGUCAUUGUAUAUUUUUAUGUAUAUUGUGUUCACUCAUAUUUUAUAUUGCAUGGUAAAAGUAGUACAAGUAGACUGGAACAAUCUUAAAGUAGGUACAUUAUGUCUAAAGUGAAUUACCUUACCUUCAUUGCUUUAUUUUUACUUAAAAUAUAAAUGUUCAUUAUUAAUAUACCAGAGACAACAACCUUUGUAAAAAUAUAAGAUUAAAAUAUAUGUUAUAUUUGUUUACAUUAUACAAUUUAGAAUGUAUAGAAUUUCUAUUAACCUUUUGAACGCCACAGACGGCAAAUGACUGCAACGGAAAAUCGUGACAACGACGCCAAAGACGGCAUUUGACGUCGGUCGUUUUAUGAUGAAAAAUCUACUGAAAAACACCCCACUUUUAGGUUGGCAUUAUUUAUUCACAAAACUAAAUUUUACUCCCGUGGCGUCAGUGGCACGGCAAAUGGAUGCGCCGUUUGGCAUUCAAAAGGUUAAACUACACUUUGAUCAGGCUAUGAUUAUUUAUUAAAAGGAUCAAUGAAGGUUUUUUUUAUUUGUCUUAUUAUGGGAGUGAUAGUAAACAUAAAGGAGACGAAAUUAGACACGGUGUUAACGGCGGUAGUUAAUAUGCUUGGCGUGUCAGGCAUAUAUACAUAUUUGUACACUUAUCAUUUCAUUUGUGCACGAUAUUAACAAUUUAGUUAAUAUAACAAGUUGCAUUAAUAAUAAAAGUUGUUAAAUGCUGUGUUGUUAUAGUCGGACCAAAGUUUCAUGUUAAUUGAUGUAAGUUAUAAAAACCUAAUUUCAUUUAGUGUCUAAACUUUAGUUAAGAUACAUCGGUUAAGAUCUAUUUUAUACACUCUCUCUGUCUCUUUUAUACUGUGACUAUACCUGCUUUUGCUAUUUUCAUACAAAUAAUUAUAUUUAUGCUAUAUGUCUAUUAAUUAACAAUUUAACACUAUGGCCUUUAAAAACUAAAACUUCUUUUAAAAUACUUUAUUCUUUAAAACCAUCAGCUUACUAUUUUCUUACAUUCCCUUUUCCCACUGGGUCGAUUAAUCUUUGCUUUUUGUUGUUAAUUCAGUCCCGUUAGCCAGGAGACAUCAUUGGCAAUAUUAACAAGUAUCACGCUUCAGUCAUUUUAUUGGAGUUAAUGAAAUAAUUUUUUGAAUUUGAAAUUGAUUGAAAAAUUCUAGGGACUGCAGAAUGAAGCCAACAUAAGAGCUUUUUGAUUCGCGAAAAUUGUAUAGGUACCGAAGUUAGAAAACGGUUAGUAUCAAAGAUACGAAAAGCCUUUCAAAUGGGUUAAAGUUGCUAUUAUUUGUAACCUUUGCUAAAAUUUUACUACUACUGAACGUACUUGUACGUUUAGUACUUUAGUAAUUUGUAAAUUAUAAGUACAAACCAAACGCAACAAAAUUUAGCUACUUACCUACAUCCAUUGCUGCACGGGCUGCGCCCACCAUAGUUUCAUAAUUCACUAGUGAAAUGAAAUAUUUGUGUAUUUAAAACUGGAAUUGUAAUGUAGUAUGUAAAUUGAAAUCAAUUAAUGCCACAAAAUAAAUAUAAAAUCACUGUGACCCAAGAGACAAUGAAUACAAGAAAAAGUUAAUUGCUCUACAAUACAUAACGAAAUAGUAAGCUUGUUGGCUUAAAGUAAGAGUUCAUUCCUAACUAAUUCUACCUAUAUGUACUUACUGCCUACGUAGUCAAAACGUUUGUAAUGAAAGCAUUAAUAUUAAUAGUAAACCACAAACAAUAAUAUUAAGCAAAAUUUUCCAAUUGCGUGUUUCAGUAGCGUCUGCUAGUAUUCUUUCUCCGUGUCUAACUCUAAUACCUACACUUUUAAACACUUAUUAAUCAUCAGUAAUGCUAUAAUGUAAUUAAUGCUCCUUUACUCUUCAAAAUGGUGCAAACUUAAUAUUGAAUGGCAAUAAUAUUAUAGUAGUUGCUAGAGAUUUCGUCUAAGUAGAAACCCUGAAUAAAGGUGUUUGUACCUUAAUAUAAUAUGAAUGACUCAAAGCUUUAGGAUAUCAAGGUACCUAAACUAAACACCCACCUUACCUUGUGUCAAAUGACAAAAUAUGAUGCUGUUUCUUGAAUUUAAUUCCUUUGUGAAAAAAAUUAAUAACAAGUCUUAACUACAUAUCCGACUAAAAAUUAUAUUUACCUUAUUUAUCCUUUUUUAUAAUACAGGAGAGUCGACGAUUUUAAAUUAGAUACCUACUCACUUAGUAAUAAUCGAAGUGAUGUAUCGUAACUGAAUGCGUACCAAUCGUACCAUAAAUGUAUCUAGUCCAUAAUACCUACGCUCUAGCAGUAGUUUAGAAGUAGAUCUCGCCUCAUUACUUAUUCACAAAGAAGCUUGGUUAGAAUAAAAGUGUUGCAACAUUUGGCUUUACACGAUAGAGUGAAGUGAUGGUCUGUUUGUACAUAUUAUAUACUUAUAUAUGGUUUUGUUACAAUGUUGUAUUUAUUGUGGGGUUGCGAAUGUUUGUUGACCAAACCGAAGAUGAUGAUGUAGAUCGUAAGUAACGUAACUGAGCAAACAAGUUGCUUUAUUUCUCACUUAUGAACUAAUCUUUAAUUUCCUGAAUGAUGCUUAGAAAAAUUACCAAUUCUUAUAUUUUUUAAUCAAUCUUGUGACACUCUCAGUAAGGCAUACAGAAAAUAAAACAGAAAUUAAACAACU